AUGUCACAAAACUCAGUGGGUCAAUCUUCUGCACAUUCUAACCAUAAGGAGAUAUGGCCAAAAAUCUGGAAGUUACAGGUCCCGAGUGCUGUCAGAAUAUUCUUAUGGAGGGCUUCCCAUGAUUCCUUACCUACUAACCUCAACCUCUGUAAGAGGAAAAUCAGGAUUAUCUCGGUUUGCCCAAUAUGCAAGUUGGAGUCAGAAUCUGUCCUGCAUGCCUUGUGGUCAUGUCCAUCAGUGCAGGAUGUUUGGGCUGCUUGCUCGAGGAGUCUGCAAAAAAUGAAGGUCAGUUUUACAUCUUUUAAAGAGGUAGUGGAGCAUGUCUUAUCAAAUUUCAAUGAAGAAGAUGCAGAAGAGCUUGCAUGCACAGCGUACAAGGUGUGGAGGAAAAGGAAUACGCUUGUGUUUGAAGAGAAAUUUGAGGACCCCUUAAGGGUGGUUCUGUCCGCUUCACAUCUUUCUAAAGAGUUUAAGGAGGCCAACUGGGAUGCAUCUGUUGAUCGACUUAGCAGUAGAGUGGGGGUAGGUGUGGUGGUCAGGAAUUGGGAGGGGAGAGUAAUAGCAAUACUGAGAGCUCCAAGGAAGUUAUUCCCCAAUGCCAAACUAGCUGAGUCAGUGGCAGCCCUCAGAGCAGUUUUGUUCUGUAAAAAUCUAGGAAUCACAAGGUUACUUCUUGAAGGGGAUACAUUGAGUGUGGUGAAGGACCUCAACAGCGAGACAUUGGAUUGGAGAUCAACAGGUUUGAUCAUACAAGAUAUCAAAGAAGAACUAAAAAGUUUGUCUCUGGAAUCUGUGCACUUCAUUUCUAGGUUGUCCAAUUGUAUUGCUCAUUGUCUAGCUAAGGAUGCACUAAAACUCUCUGAGGAGAGCAUUUCAAUGGAGGGAGUCCCUCCUUGUAUCCAACACUUGUUUAACUGA